AUGCCUGCUUUGAGUAAUCCUAACAUACCUAUUACACAACGAACUGUAAUUAAAUGUUGCUGCGGCAAAGUUUGUAAAGGCAAUCGGGGUUUGAAAAUGCACCACCGUAGCUGUCAAGUCUUACAUGGGCUAAACAACGAGUUGUGCGCAGAUCUUGAGGAGCAAAUUGCAGAUAACCCUGAGAAUAUUAUAACGGACGACCACCCACCCACUACACAGUCAACUUUAGACAGUGAAGAAAUUACUCCUGAUCUAAAGAAAGGCAUAAAUCUUCCGAAGAAGGACUCUGAAUGGGAAACGGCCAACGAUUAUUUUAAAUUUGCAAUUCCUUUUAAUGGACCAAUCAUAUCGCAAGAUUUCAAUUCAAGUAUAAGGCAUUUAAAUUAUACUAUAUAUAAUUACUUUGUUGAUAAUUUUGGAAAUGUUGAGACGGCCCCCGAUGAGAAACUCGUAGCAAUAUAUAAAGAUCAUUCUAUAAAGGAUCUAAAGAAGGCUUUAAACAAUCUAAAGUCCACAAAUUCGGAGGUAGCCGAAAUAAAAUAUGUGUCUCGUAUUCUGCGCAAUAAGCUUCGUAACCAUGGUGACAUUCAGACAGACUCCAACCGAGACAACUCGUUUAAUCACGACAAAUACAUGGAAAGAAAUUUUUGGGGUUAUGUUAAAAACGUUUUAAAUAAGGAAGAUGAUGUGUUCCCAUCCUUCAGCAUGACAGAAUGUGCGGUGUAUUUUACUAAAACUUUAGCUGCAGUUCACCCUGGCAAACUGUUUCAUAUUCCAAGCUGGAUUCCUAGGUUAUCUGAUCCGCAAGUGGAAUUUGACCUUGACCCGCCUUCAUACCAACAAGUUACUGCUGUUAUCCGUAAAAUCACGGUUAAUAGAAGAAGGAUAGAAGAAGGCCCUAAUGAAUUAACCAUUAACUUGCAAUUGCUUCUCUUUCAAAAAAAUAUAAUGUAG